CUGGAGGGUAACUUUAGAGUGGCGGGGUUUCAUUACCUGCUGCCCGGUCGGCCGGACGGCUGUGAACGCAACGCGCGAGAUGCCUUCACGGUUGCUCCGGCUACGUGUGACGUCAUGGCCGCGGCCACCAUGUUGAAUCCGGAAGUGGGCAGAGUCUACACAGGAAUCUCGGGCUUAACGUCAACCGCCGUCUCCGGUCGAUCGGAGUCCGACUUCGAACCAAAUCGCUCCGUAGCCUCCAAAACCAUGACGUCUCUUACGCAGAGGAGCUCGGGCCUCGUCCAGCGGAGGACCGAGGCCAUCCGCAGCGCAGCGGCCGCCGACAAGGAGAAGGACUCCAGCGGGGAGGAGGACGAGGCCCGCCGCGGGGAGGAGGAGGACGAGGAGAAGGGGGACUCGAAGGAAACCCGGCUCACGCUCAUGGAAGAAGUGCUGCUCCUGGGCCUAAAGGACCGAGAGGGUUACACGUCUUUCUGGAACGACUGUAUCUCUUCCGGGCUCCGCGGGUGUAUGCUGGUGGAGCUGGCCCUCCGAGGGAGGCUAAACCUGGAGCCCUGCGGGGUGAGGAGGAAAGGCCUGCUGGCACGGAAGGUAAUCUGCAAGUCUGACGCCCCGACGGGAGACGUGCUCCUGGACGAGGCCUUGAAGCACGUUAAAGAGACCCAGCCUCCGGAGACGGUCCAGAGCUGGAUAGAGCUGCUAAGUGGGGAGACGUGGAACCCCCUGAAGCUCCACUACCAGCUGAGAAACGUCCGCGAGCGUCUGGCCAAGAACCUGGUGGAGAAAGGCGUCCUCACCACCGAGAAGCAGAACUUCCUGCUCUUCGACAUGACCACGCACCCGCUCACCAACAGCCCCAUCAAACAGCGCCUUAUCAAGAAGGUCCAGGACUCGGUCCUGGAGAAGUGGGUGAACGACCCGCAGCGCAUGGACAAGCGCGUGCUGGCGCUGAUCCUGCUGGCGCACUCGUCGGACGUCCUGGAGAACGCCUUCGCCCCGCUGCAGGACGAGCAGUACGACCUGGGCAUGAAGCGCGUGCACGCCCUGCUGGAGCUGGAGCCCGAGAAGGAGAGCGCCAAGCCCAGCGCCAACGAACUCAUGUGGGCCGUGGUGGCCGCCUUCACCAAAUGA